GUUUUCUAAGCCAUUCGGUUUCUCUCUCUCUCUGUUCCUUUUUCGUCUCCGUUACUUUCUUCCUCUCUGCUCCCUCCGCCGGGAAACCCCUCAGCGCUCGCCGGGAAACCGCUCGUUUCUCCCCGUCGGCCCCGACGCCUGUUUCAUCGCUUCAAGAAGCUUCCGCUCGUCGUUCGUUCGGUGAGAAUUCGAAGAUUCCGGGGAUUGAGGCUUGUCGGAUUCGCAGUUUCCGGCUGGAAGAGCGGUCAGAUCUCCCGGCUUGGCUCGCGGCCUUCUAUUUUAACGCGUUUUCAGAGAAUGUGGGCUGUUAGGUCCAUCGUAGAGGCCUUGGGUUGAAGUUUCCGUGGCGGAGAUCGUGAUCUAGGGUUUUGGAUCCCUCGUGUGUUAUUUCUUCUUUUGUUGAUUCCGGUUUGGUGAUUAAGGGAAAGAAGAACUCGACGAAGACGGAGGCCUACAGAGUGCCACCGAGGAAUGAGAUGGUGGAAGGAAGGGUCUGCUUAUCAAAAGAAGCUGGAAAUGGGUUAGACAUUAUUAAGAGAAAGAGGCUUCAGCGGAUGAAACCAGUAAGUAGUACAGAGACUGUUGGUAUUCCCAACAUGAUGAGCAGAAGUGGAGGAGAUGCUUUGAGGGCUUCAGGAUCAUGUGGUGUUAGAUUGCCUGGUACUGCAGGUUCAUUUGCUCAUUCAAACAGCAGCACGAAUGGAAACGACACUUUCUUGAAGCGGAAGGUGAAUAAAUUCGAUACAAGUGACUUGCAAUGGACAGAGAAAAUUCCUGAAUGCCCUGUGUACCAUCCAACGCGGGAGGAGUUUGAGGAUCCUUUAGUGUACUUGCAGAAAAUUGCUGCCGAAGCUUCAAAAUAUGGUAUUUGCAAGAUUAUAUCUCCUCUGAGUGCUUCUGUUCCUGCUGGGGUUGUAUUAAUGCGGGAAAAAGCAGGGUUUAAGUUCACCACUAGAGUACAGCCCCUUCGUCUUGCAGAGUGGGAUAGUGAUGACCGGGUCACAUUUUUCAUGAGUGGAAGGAACUAUACAUUCCGUGAUUUCGAGAAAAUGGCGAACAAGGUUUUUGCACGUAGAUACUGUAGUGCUGGUGGUCUCCCUGCAACAUACAUGGAACAAGAAUUCUGGAAGGAAAUUGGUUGUGGAAAGACAGAAACGGUUGAAUACGCAUGUGAUGUUGAUGGAACUGCCUUUUCGUCCUCUCCGACUGAUCCACUUGGAAGUAGCAAAUGGAAUUUAAAGAAUCUAUCACGGCUGCCAAAAUCUGUUUUACGUCUUCUGGAGAAUGCCAUUCCAGGGGUAACUGAUCCAAUGCUUUAUAUCGGAAUGUUAUUCAGCGUGUUUGCUUGGCAUGUGGAAGAUCACUAUUUGUAUAGUAUCAACUACCAUCACUGUGGGGCUGCCAAAACUUGGUAUGGGAUUCCCGGCCAUGCAGCACUUAAGUUUGAAAAGGUCGUCAGGGAACAUGUAUACACACACGAUAUUCUGUCAGCUGAUGGUGUGGAUGGAGCUUUUGAUGUGCUUCUGGGGAAAACAACUCUAUUUCCACCAAAUAUAUUGUUGGAAAAUGAAGUCCCUGUCUACAAGGCUGUUCAGAAGCCUGGCGAGUUUAUCAUCACAUUUCCUAGAGCUUAUCAUGCAGGGUUUAGCCACGGUUUCAAUUGUGGGGAGGCUGUGAACUUUGCGAUUGGUGAUUGGUUCCAUUUGGGAGCUGUGGCCAGCCGCCGUUAUGCCUUCCUCAACAGGAUGCCUUUGCUUCCUCAUGAAGAACUUCUGUGUAAAGAAGCGAUGCUUCUCUAUCCACAGGUGGAUCUUGAAGACUCGAGUUAUUCUUCCUCUGGAGACUUGGCCUCUCAGCAUAGUGUCAAAGUCUCCUUCGCAAAGCUUAUGCGUUUUCAGCAUCGUGCUCGCUGGGUUCUAUCCAAAUCAGGGGCAUGUACUGGCCUUCAGAUAAACACCUAUGGCACUAUCCUCUGCAGCUUAUGCAAGCGGGACUGCUAUGUAGCUUUCAUUAACUGCAACUGUGAUUUGCAUCCUGUGUGCCUUCGUCAUGAUGUUGCAUCUCUGGAUUCCGCUUGUGGCAGAAAUCUUACUCUAUUCUUGAGAGAGGAAAUUAUAGAACUGGAAGCAGCCGCCAAGAAAUUUGAGGAUGAAGAUGGUAUAGUGCUGGAGAUGCAAGAGUCUGGCUCCAGUGAUGAUUGGUGUUUGUACCCUUCAUCUGAUAAGUUGCAUAAUGACAUGAAGGAUGGAUACAAUCCUUACUGUGAAAUAAAAUACGAGUUUUGUGGUCAUUCCGCUUCGGAAGUUUCUGCUCAUGUGGAAUCUUCUUCGGGGGAGAAAGUAGAGUGUUCUUCUUUGGUGACUGAUGAAAAGGACCUGCUUGACCUGAACACCAUAGGGAGUAUUGACUCUAGAGAUCUGAUGCAAGAAGAAUUGGACAGGACCCUUGGGUUCUCAAGGUCAUCGGAGUUGAGGGAUACAUGCUCAAAGAUCCAGCAGGGGAAUAAUCAUGCUGUGGAGCCUAGGCCUCGUGUAGAUCAUUACAGUGAUGAUUCAGAUUCAGAGAUAUUUAGAGUUAAGCGUCGUUCUUCUCUGAAAGUUCAGAAGCGAGCUGUUAGUGAUUCCUCUUUCCCCAGGAACGAUCCUGAAUGCCAGGGGCUUAAGCGACUGAAGAAGCACCAUGGGGAUGGAGGAAGGUGCGGGCAGUCAACAUCUUCAGCGUCGGAGUUCUCAGCUCGGGUUGGUGGAUCUUCGAGUCGAAAUUCUUUGUCCUACUCGGAAGGUCGAGAAGCUUUUGGCAGUAGUAGUAGUGUCUUGAAAGAUAGGGACAGAUUGCCUAGGAGAAGCCUAGCGGCUCCCAUCUCAAUAAAGAUCAAGAAGGUCGCCACCGAGGAAGCAUUGAGUAGGCACAGAGAGUAUCAAAGACUGGGUGGAUUCCAUCAUGAGCUAGGCAGAAGAAGGGAGGCUGCUCCCCCCAUAGAGGUCGGGCCAAAGCGUCUCAAAGUCAAAGGCCCCUCCUCCUCGUUUCUAGUUUCACAGAGCAGAUUAGAUUGACUUUCAUCUGAAGCAAGCAACAUCAUCAUCAAUUACUAGAGCCUGACUUAAGCUAACUUUUGAUUUUUCUCUAAUGGGGGGCUUCUAACAAAACAGCACAGAAUGAUCCAACAAGAUUCGAUUUUUCUUGGAGCAGCGCAACCGGUGUGUCUACAUCAACAUCAGCUAGCAGCAGCAGAUUAUUAUUAACCCAACCAACCAACCAAUCAACCAAACAAACCCCAGAUUAGGAGGAGAUUUUCAUUCUUUUGUGCAGCAGGACCUCAAAUUGGGGCUCGGCAGGAUUCGCUGCACAGAUGGGCAGGAGAACACAACAUAAAUCCGUAUCAUGCAAGGAAUAGAAGGAAAGAUGGGAAGUUAGAAAUUCGGUCAGUGAGUUUCUUUCUUCUCUUUCCAAUUUCAUAUUUUUUUCCCUCUUCCCUGUAAAUGCAUAUUUUUAUUCAGGUUUCUACUCAUUUCUGAUUCUUGUGGAGGGAUAAAUGGUGGGGUAUUCCUGCUAAUUUUCCUUUCAUUUUUCCUUUAUCAAUGCUCUGCUGUUGCUGUUGCUGUUGCUGCAUCCAUCAUCCCAGUUUUAGGGUUCUUGAUUCUUUUUCUCUGUAACCAAACACAAUCUACACCGCUAGGAAUAAAUUGCAGAAAGAUGUUUCUUUCUUCCCGUUUGAUUAUGUUCCCUCCAGUUGAGCUUUUUGCUGUUAAUUUUGGAUUGUUAACGAUGUUUGCGUAUUAGGUGGCCUUCCCAGUUGUUGAAACCGUGUUGAAUGGGUCUCUUCUAUUAUUGGAUUGUUGUGUCAUGUUAACGAAUAUCUUGUCGUAGUUAUGCAGAUUUGUUUUUAUUAAUAGCUGG